AUGGCUGUGGAUGCCCGCUUGAUGCCCUACUCUGCACCCAACACCCCCGAGCCGCAGACGGUUCGCUCUACUGCUUCAACUCCUUCCCUGCGAUCCCGCGAUGGUACGCUGCCCAUGCUCGCUAGGAUGGACGGAGGCGGCAAUGUCAGAGUCGUUGUUCGCGUGAGAGCUUUUCUCAAGAGAGAGCUCGAACGCCGGACACGAUGCCUGAUCAAGAUGGAUCCCAUCACUCAACAAACGACACUGCUUGCUCCAGACGAAGACGAACAGCCCGGCCCCAAGUCCAGGUCGCGCAAGGCCGAUGACAAGAAAUUCACAUUUGACUCGUCCUUCUGGAGCCACGACACGAAAGAUAAUCACUACGCCCACCAAGAGGACGUAUACAAUGCCCUCGGCGAAGAGUUCCUCGACCACAACUUCGAAGGCUACCACACAUGCAUCUUUGCCUAUGGUCAGACCGGCUCUGGCAAGAGCUACACCAUGAUGGGCACGCCUGACCAGCCAGGCCUGAUCCCCCGCACCUGCGAAGACUUGUUUGAGCGUAUCCAGGCGGCCCAAAACGAAGACACAAACAUUGCCUACAAUGUGCGCGUCUCCUAUUUCGAAGUCUACAACGAGCACGUUCGUGACCUGCUCGUUCCCGUCAACGCAAGCCUUCCGCCCAACUAUCUCAAGAUUCGCGAAUCCCCGACCGAGGGCCCCUACGUCAAGGAUCUCACCGAGGUGCCCGUUCGCAGCAUCGACGAGAUUCUGCGUCACAUGAAGAACGGCGAUGCCUCCAGAACUACGGCGAGCACCAAAAUGAACGAUACCAGUAGCAGAAGUCACGCGGUCUUUACCAUUAUGUUGCGCCAGAUUCAUCACGACAUGGAGACGGACGAGACGACGGAGCGCAGCUCGCGUAUCCGGCUUGUCGAUCUGGCGGGCAGUGAGCGUGCCAAGUCUACUGAAGCUACCGGCGCCCGCCUGCGCGAAGGCUCCAAUAUCAACAAGUCGCUCACCACUCUCGGUCGUGUCAUUGCUGCCCUCGCCGACCCCAAGACGCUCCGACCCGGGGCCAAGCGCAAGGAGGUGGUCCCUUACCGAGACUCGAUCCUUACGUGGCUGCUCAAGGAUUCCCUGGGUGGCAACAGUAAAACUGCAAUGAUUGCGUGCAUUGCGCCCUCUGACUAUGACGAGACGCUCUCCACACUGCGAUAUGCCGACCAGGCCAAGCGCAUCCGCACCCGCGCCGUCGUCAACCAGGACCAAAUGUCCACUGCCGAACGCGACGCCCAAAUUGCCGCCAUGUCCGAAGAAAUCCGCAUGCUGCAAAUGUCUGUAUCCGAUUCCUCUCGCCAGCGCGAAAAGAACGCCAAGGACGCCGAGGAGCGCCUCGACGAAUAUCAGCAACGUGUCGCGACAAUGCAGCGCCUCAUGGAGGAGCGUGGCAUGGUGGCCGAGAGCAAGAUCAAAAAGCUGCAGACCGAGAACGAGGCCCUGAAGCUGCAUCUCAAGCUGGCCAUCGAGAGUCUCAAGAACCCUAUUCCCCCAGUGCAGGUCCAGUCUUUUGACGACGAUGGCAAGGAGAAUGCUGCUCACACUAUUCACGACGACCAAUCCGACGAAGAGGACGACGAUUAUGGCUACGACUCCGAUAGCACAGCCCAUGGCAGUGACGACUUGCAGGAAGAAAUGCAUCGCUACUUGCAAGAUAUGGGCAAUCUCCGCAAGCUCAUUGGCGGCGACUUGUCGCGCUUCAAAGAUGAGACGAGCGUGCGCAUGCCACUUGGUAUGAGGGAAAAUGCAUAG